UGGGCCUUCUUCCUCCUCAGGACCAGGAGAGAGGUGAGAAACAGGUGGGGACAGAUGGGCUACCCACCAGAGAGUUGGGAAGGGGAAGAGUAUGAGACCAUUUUUAAGGGAAAAGAAGUCUUCCUGGAAGAUUAAGUGGCUAGGUGCCCAUUUUCUCUGCAUGGUAGAGAAUAAGGAAUGAAUGUGAGGUGAGACAAGUAACCAGCAAGCUAAGUAUCGGUCACUGAAGGCACCAGGCAGGGUGUGGGACCCUCAGAAGGCAUUAGAUCGCCCCCUCCCAUAGGGUGCUUACAGUUGGGGAUACAUCGUGUACAUACAAACGUAGAAACAAGGUAUGUGUUUGUAUCAGCCAGGGUCCAGUGGAAGAGAGACCACAGCAGUUAACAGGUGGUAAGAAGAGGAAAGGGCCCCGAGGGACACUGAGGUGUCACAGAUGUAGUGACUGCCGGACACAGUUAUUGCUCCCAGGGCGGGGGAACAAAGGGAAGAGGUUGGGACUGUUAAAAGGUAGAGGCUUGCAGGAGGGCCCCGCAGAGGAGAUGCUGCCAUCUCAGGGGGCUCAGUGAGGCUGGUUCUAGGACCACACUACUCCUGCGACCUGCUGUGGCCGCCGGAGCGAAGCCAUGUUUGUUGUGGUUUCUCUGGCAACAGGAAAGAGCAUGUCCCUUUUUUGCCUCUAGCCUUGCAGUCUCCCUCUCACGUUCCCCAUGGGUGAACCUGUCCUGGAACGAGCUGGUAAAGGGGAAUUGUGCUUGGCAGCUUCCCAGCCCCAGGGGCACAGGGCAGAGUCUUGGGGGGGGGUUGGCGCUGGGAGGUAAGAACAGCCAGUUCUGCCACCUCUGGCCGCUUAGCAUCCUAUACGUGCUUCGAUGUGUAUUUGAAUCUAAAACAGUAAAAACAAUUUUAUGCCUCUACAUAACACGAUACAGGUACUCUACACAAGGUGACCUUGCCCUCUCCCCAACAAUGAAACAGUGCCAACACUCACUGUUCCCAGGUCUGAGAGACCGUGACAUCUAUUUCUGGGCUAGGUUAAAUACUCAAAUUGGCAUGGUGGGUUAGACAACCCCUAGUUUGUGACCGGCAGUCCAGGCCACAUGGUCACUUGAUGUCCCAUGGUUAGGUACCUGAUUCUCAAAAGGAGAAGAGUUAUCUGCAAAAGAAGGCAUGGAUAUUUUCCAAAACCCUGGAGUUCUUCAUGGUAAUUCUCCAGUCAGGGACCACUGAAGUCUCCAUACAGCAUCAGCAUUUGCAAUAGAUCAUUUGACUGUUGCUGAAUCUGCUCAGUCAUAAAGCCGAGGUGAUGGCCCAGAGCUAAAUUUUUAAUAAGAAUCACACCACACAGAUUUCCAUCAAAGCUUUCCCUUAGAGUGAACUAUAACUCCAUUAAGCCAGUUUAAUUCCUUGAUGGGUUUUCUAUACAGUACAAUUAAAUUGUCUCUGUUUUCUAUUUUUGUUUUCAUUUUUACUUUAAAAUAUUUUUAUUAAGAUCAUUGUUUUCCAUGAAAUGUUACGAUGGAAAUUUAACUCAAUCUAACUAAUUCUAGUUCUUGCCCUUGCAAGCUGUAGCUUUUGCCCUUGUGGGCUUUCUUUUGUGGCUAUUACCUCCUCCGUGUUUACUUUCCCCAAGUCAAGCUUGACAGCUCAAAAUCUAUGUCUCAUAUCUAAAUGUAUGUGUUUUUAGCUGAUGUCAUUUUUCUGUUAAUGAUUUCUAACAAAACAACAUGGAGAGAAUAUUGUAUUUUAUAUUUUAAGAUUUUAUUUGAGAGCGAGAGAGAAAGCGAGAGCACGAGCCGGUGGGAGGGGAAGCAGAGAGAUAAGCAGACUCUCCACUGAGCAAGGAGCCCAACACAGGGCUCAAUCCCAGGACCCCGAGAUCAUGACCUGAGCCGUAGUCAGAUGCUUAGCCAACUGAGCCACCCAGGCACACACACCCCCCUUUUUAAGGGAAAAUUUAUCUAAACGGCUUUUUUUUUUUUUUUAAAGCAAGCUUUAUGCCCAAUGUGGGACUUGAACUCAUGGACCCUGAGAUCAACAGUUGCAUGCUCUACUAACUGAGCCAGCCAGGUGCCCCAGGCUGUGUGUAUGUCUUAGCUUUCCUCUAAGGAAAUAGUGAGCAAUAUCCCUUAGAUUAUCCUCGAUCAUUCUUUAUGUGCAAGGCUAUGCCAUUGCUUCUACUCACAUUUCAUUCUGAUAACUUUGCACAUGCGCCCUCUACACAGUUGGCAAAUCAAAGAGUACAACAUCCUCAAAAUAUGUCCUGCUUUGUUAAAUUGUGAUGGAUAGCCAAUAAGUACAUAUUUGAAAAAGGAGGAUUGGAAGGCUUCUUGAACUAGACCCUGAGGUUGGAGAAGGUGCAGGAAGUUCGUUGGCAGAAGGAUAGUUUAUACCCUGCGGCUAGUAUUAGUUCUGUCACCUCUAUCACAGGUCUAGAGUAGACAUCCACUUAUUUGCUGCCAUUUUCUGCACAGCCACUGCAUGCCCAGAACUGCAGUAGGCACUGAUGACCAAAGCUGAGUCAUGGAGGCCUGCAGAACACGGAGUGAGAGCAAAAACUGCUGGAGGCAGGGAGGAAAUAACCAAGCCACUGCUCUAAUGGCUGGGGACAGUCUUCAGAACCUGGGCAGAGGCAGAUGGAUGAAAAUCCCGAGCUGGAAUCAAGCUCCAUUGAGAUACUUAGAAAGCAUCCUUGCAUUCAAGAAUCACUACCAAAUCCUGGGGUGCCUGGGUGGCUCAGUUGGUUAAGUGUCCGACUCUUGAUCUCAGCUCAGGUCUUGAUCUCAGGAUCAUAAGUUCAAGCCUGGCACUGGGCUCCACACUGGGCGUGGAGCCUACUUUUAAACAGUGAGGGAGGGGUGGCGCUGGGUGGCUCAGUCAGUUAAGUGUCUGUCUCUGGCUCAGGUCAUGAGUCCAGCCAGGGUCCUGGGAUUGAGCCCCACAUUGGGCUCUCUGCUCAGUGGGGAGUCUGCUUCUCCCUCUCCUGCUCCCCCUGCUUGUGUUCACUCUCUCAAAUAAAUAAAAUCUUAAAAAAAAAAAAAAUCACUACAAAUCCUAAGCAGGAGAAAUAAAAACACACAUAAUGAAACUGAUGAAAACAAAUAUGGAGAAAAUCUUAAAAGCCACCAAAAGCAGAGAGGAAAGUUACUUGCAAAGGAGGGACAAUAAGACUUAUAGCCAACUCUCAACAGAAAAAUAUAAAACAGGGAGCCUGGGUGGCUCAGUUGGUUAAGUGACGCCUUUGGCUCAGGUCCUGAUUCUGGAGUCCUGGGAUCGAGCCCCGCAUCAGACUCCCUGACUCUCACCCCUCUCAUGCUCUCUAUCAUUCUCUCUUUCUCAAUAAAUAAAUAAAAACCUUUAAAAAGAAAAAUAUAAACCAGAACACAGUGGAAUUAAAUCUCCUAAGUGCUGAAAGACAAUAGCUGCCAACCUAGAAUUCUAUACCCAGCGAAAAUACACUUCAAUAUUGAAGAUGAUAUAAAGGCAUCUUUGACAACCAAAACAUGAGAGUAUUUGUCACCUGCAGACCUUGUAUUAAAGGAAAUAUUAAAAGGUGUUCUUCAGGGGGUACCUGGCUGGCUCAGUCAGAAGAGCAUGUGACUCUUGAUCUCAGAAUUGUGAGUUCAAUGGCACAAAAACAGACACAUAGUUCAAUGGAACAGAAUAGAGAGCCCAGAAAUGGACCCUCAACUCUAUGGUCAACUAAUCUUCGACAAAGCAGGAAAGAAUAUCCAAUGGAAAAAAAGACAGUCUCUUCAACAAAUGGUGUUGGGAAAAUUGGACAGCCAGAAGAAUGAAACUGGACCAUUUCCUUACACCGUACACAAAAACAGACUCAAAAUGAAUGAAAGACGUGAAUGUGAGACAGAAAUCCAUCAAAAUCCUGGAGGAGAAGGCAGGCAGCAACCUCUUCCACCUCAGCGCAGCAACUUCUUCCUAGACACGUAGCCAAAGGCAAGGGAAUGCAAGGGCAAAAAUGAACUGUUGGGACUUCAUCAAGAUAAAAAGCUUUUGCACAACAAAGGAAACAGUCAACAAAAACAAAAGACAACCGACAGAAUGGGAGAAGAUAUUCGCAAAAGACAUAUCAGAUAAAGGGCUAGUAUCCAAAAUCUAUAAAGAACUUAUCAAACUCAACACCCAAGGAACAAAUAAUCCAAUCAAGAAAUGGGCAGAAGACAUGAACAGACAUUUCUGCAAAUGGCCAACAGACACAUGAAAAAGUGCUCAACAUCACUCGGCAUCAGGGAAAUCAAAAUCAAAACCUCAAUGAGAUAACACCUCACACCAGUCAGAGUGGCUAAAAUUAACAAGUCAGGGAACGACAGAUGUUGGCGAGGAUGCGGAGAAAGGGGAACCCUCCCACACUGUUGGUGGGAAUGGAAGCUGGUGCAGCCACUCUGGAAAACAGUAUGGAGGUUCCUCAAAAAGUUGAAAAUAGAGCUACCCUACGACCCAGCCCAAUGCAAUUGCACUACUGGGUAUUUACCCCAAAGAUACAAAUGUAGUAGUUCGAAGGGGCACCUGCACCCCAAUGUUUAUAGCAGCAAUGUCCACAACAGCCACGGUAUGGAAAGAGCCUAGAUGUCCAUCGACAGAUGAAUGGAUAAAGAAGAUGUGGUAUAUGUAUAUGAUGGAAUAUUAUGCAGCCAUCAAAAAUGAUAUCUUGCCAUUUGCAACAAUGUGGAUAGAACUAGAGGGUAUUAUGCUAAGCAAAAUAAGUCAAUCAGAGAAAGACACAAGUAUCAUAUGAUCUCACUGAUAUGAGGAAUUUGAGAAACAAGACAGAGGAUCAGAGGGGAAGGGAGGGAAAAAUGAAACAAGACAAAACCAGAGAGGGAGAAACAAACUGAAGGUUGCUGUAGUGGAGGGGGGUGGGAGGGAUGGGGUGGCUGGGUGGUGGACAUUGGGGAAGGUAUGUACUAUGGUGAGCGCUGUGUAUUGUGUAAGACUGAUGAAUCACAGACCUCUACCCCUGAAACAAAUAAUACAUUAUAUUAAUUAAAAAAAAAAAAAGAAUUGUGAGUUUGAGCCCCACGUCAGGUAUAGAGAUUACUUUAAAAAUUUUUUUAAAUAAAAAAUAAAGUAUGGGACUUUAUCAUUCCCAAAACGCAAUUAAAAAGGGGGGGCGCCUGGGUGGCUCCCUGCUUGGUGGAAAGUCUGCUUCUCCCUCUCCCUCUACCCCUGCCUCCUGCUUGUGCUCACUCUCUCUCUCGAAUAAGAAAUAAAAUAUUUUUUAAAAAGUAAUGCUUUAUAUUAGACUUUGAUAAGCCAUGAUGCAUGUUAUAAUUUCUCAGGUAACUACUCAAAAAAUAAUAAUUAAAGAAGUAUAGGGGUGCCUGCGUGGCUUAGUCAGUUAAGCAUCUGCCUUCAGCUCAGGUCAUGAUCUCAGGGUCCUGGGAUUGAGCCCUGCAUUAGGCUCUCUGCUCAGCAGGGAGUCUGCUUCUCCCUCUCCCUCUACCUCUUCCCCCCUGCUUGUGUGUGUGCUCUCUCUCAUACAAAUAAAUAAAUAAAAUCUUUUUUAAAAAUAACAAAUAAAUAAAUAAAUAAGUAUAACCACCAGGGCGCCUGGCUGGCUUAGUCGGUUAGAGCAUGUGGCUCUAGAUAUUGGGGUAGUGAGUUCGAGCCCACACUGGAUAUAGAGCUUACAAAAAAAGGGGGGGGGGGAUAGAUUUUAAAAAAAGUAUAGCCACCAAGAUAAUAGAGAAGGAGGAGGAAAUUGAAUAAUAAAAAAUCAGUAGUGGUAAAACUACAAUUCACCAGGAAAACAAUGAUUAUAAAUUUGUGUACAUCUAAUGAUCUAGCCUCAAAACUAAUGGAAGUAAAAGGAGAAAUAAGCAGGGCACCCGGGUGGUUCAGUCAAUUGAGUGUCUGACUCGGUUUCAGCUCAGGUCAUGAUUCCCAGGUCCUGGGAUCGAGCCCUGCACUCGGCCCAGUCUGCUUCUCCCUCCUCUCCCUGCUCCUCCCUGCCCCCACCCCCGUUCUCUCUCUCUAAUAUAAAUAAAUCUAAAAAUAGUAAUUAAAAAGGGGAAAAUGUAUUAACAAAGGCUAAAAAUUGUUAUAUAAACAUCUCAGGAACUUAGAACAGCAAAUUCAACCCAAGAAAGCAACAGAAAGGAAAUAAUAUAGAGAAGAGCAGAAAUCAAUGAAAUGGAAAACAAACACAUAAUACAAAUCUCAAAACGAAGAGCUGAUUCUUUGAAAAGAUUAAAGAAUGGAUAAACUCCUAGUGUUGAGACUUAUCAAGAAGAAAAAAUACAAAUGAUAUCUGGAAUAUAAAAAGGGGACACAAAUACAGAUCCUACAGUCUUUAUAAGGAUUAUAAGUACCUUAUAUAAGGUAUAUACCCAAAGGAAUUGAAAGCAGGGACUCAAGAUAUCUAUUAACCCAUGUUCUAGCAUUAUUCAUGAUAGCCAAAAGGGAGAAGCAACCCAAGUGUCCAUCAACAAAUGAGCAAACAGAAUGUGGUAUAGUGGAAUAUUAUCCAGCCAUAAACAGGAAUUCUGAUACAUGCUAUAACAUGAACCUUGAAAACAUUAAGUGAAAUAAGACUCAAAAGGACAACUAUCAUAUGAUUUCACUCAUAUAAAAUAGGCAAAUUCAUAGAGAUAGAAAGAUUAGAAGUUAUUAAGGGCAGGAAGGGGAGGGGACAGUGGAAUUAUUGCUUAAGGGUUACAAAGUUUCUGUUAAAGGUGAUGAAAAAGUUUUGGAUAUAAAUCACUAUGAUUAUAUCACUAUUUAUAGAUCACUACAUAAUGAUUGUUUAACAUUGUGAAUAUACUUAAUACCACUGAAUUGUAUAUAAAAAUGAUUAAAAUGCAAAUUUUAUAUUAGGUUAAUAAUUAUAAGUGGAUGUUAUAAACAACUUUAUACCAAAAGAAUUUGAAAAUUUAGAUAAAAUGGACAAAUUCCCAGGAAAACACCAUUUACCAAAAUUGAUACAAGAACAAACAGACAAUAUGAAUAAUUCUAAAUCUCUGAAAGAAGUUGAGUAUGUAAUUAAUAACCCUUCCACAUCCGGGGACAGCAUCCAUAGGCAUUCAGAAUGGUCCAGCAUUUGACCUGCUGUCAUAGGUUGUCCUACGAUACAGCCUCUAACAAAACUAGGCUGUCCGAAACCCCUGAUAAUAGAAUCGUUUACCUUUAUACCAAGAAGGUUGGGAAAUCACCCAAAUCUGCAUGUGGUGUGGGCCCAGGGCGACUUCAAGGAGUUCGUGCUAUGAGACCUAAAGUCCUUACGAGGUUGUCUAAAAUGAAAAAACAGGGGCGCCUGGGUGGCUCCAUCAUUAAGUGUCUGCCUUCGGCUCAGGUCAUGAUCCCAAGGGUCCUGGGAUCGAGGCCCCACGUCGGGCUCUCUGCUCAGUGGGAAGCCUGCUUCUCCCUCUCCCACUCCCCCUGCUUGUGUUCCCUCUCUCUCUGUGUCUCUCUGUCAAAUUAAUUAAUUAAUUAAUUAAUUAAUUGAAUUAAAUUAAAUGAAAAAACACAUGGUGGUUCCAUGUGUGCUAAGUGUGUUCAUGACAGGACCAAGUGUGCUUUCCUUAUCAAGGAGCAGAAAAUCAUUGUGAAAGUGUCGAAGGCACAAGCAGAGUCAGAAAGCUAAAUAAACAAUGAAGUUUUUUUGAGUAAUAAAAAAAAUCAGAAGGCUUAAAAAAAAAACAACCCUUCCACAAAAAACACUCGGGGCCUAGGCGGCUUUACCACUGAAUACUGCCAAACAUUUAAGGAAGAAAUAAUAUCAAUCUUACUCUUCCAAAUAAGCGAUAAAGAGCACUCCUGAACUCAUUUUAUGAAGCUACCAUACCUUAAUACCAAAACUUGACAAGGACAUUACAUAAAAGGAAAAUUCCAGGCCAAUUUCAUUCAUGAACAUAGAUGCAAAAAUCCUAUGACAAUAUUAACAAGUUGAAUCCAGCAUAUAUAAAAAGCAUAACACAUCAUGACCAAGUAGAGUUCAUUCCAGAACACAAGGUUGGUUAAGAAUGAAAAUAAGUAAAUACAGAAUUGCCACAUUCACAGAAUAAAAGAGGCAAUGCUUACGAUCAUUUCAAAAGAUGCAGAAGAAGAAUUAGAUAAAAGUCAACAUCCAUUCCAGAUAAAAACUCUUAGCAAACCAGGAAGGAAAAGGAGUCUACAUAAUCUGAUACAGUUAUCUACAAUAAACCUAUAGCAAACAUCAUAUUUAAUGAAGAAAUGUUGAAAAUUUUUCCUCAAGGGGCGCCUGGGUGGCUCAGUCGUUAAGCAUCUGCCUUCGGCUCAGGUCAUGAUCCCAGGGUCCUGGGAUCGAGCCCCACAUCGGGCUCCCUGUUCGGCGGGGAGUCUGCUUCUCCCUCUCCCACUCCCCCUGCUUGUGUUCCCUCUCUCGCUGUGUCUCUCUCUGUCAAAUAAAUAAAUAAAAAAUCUUAAAAAAAAAAAAAAAAAGAAAGAAAAUUUUUCCUCUGAGAUGGGGAAAUGAGAAAGGGAUGCCUUCUAUUUACCUUUUCUAUACAACAAACAGGGCCGCGCUAACCUAUUGGAGCAAGACAGUGAUAUACUGCAAGCUUUUCAGGGCAUUUAUCCUGUUGGGUGGGGGAGAAUGGGAAACAGAAACCUUUAACAAAGAAGCAAUUAUAGAGCAAUGAGAAUCUCUCUUCUGCUUCGCUCAUCCCUUUUUUUCUUCUGAGGAUCAGAACCAGAGUGGAAGCAACAGUUUUUAGGAUCACCAGUCAGAUAAUGUUGAUCAUUCAACUUUAGACCAAGAAGGGGCCUUGAAAUAUCAUCUCCUAUAACAACCCUGUCGAUUCACAAGAAAAGAACCAUGAUCCAGAGAGUUGUCCAAGAUCUGACUGCCACUUAGAUGCCAUUUUCCUCUCUGGUUGGUAAUGUGAGUCCCUUAGGUCCAAUGCAUGAAGCCCCAGGUGCAACAGCGACUUCACCCCCUGGGGUGAAGACUGGAGUAAAGCAUCACCCAUGGAGAGUCCGAGCGUGUCCAGUGGCGCACCUUUUGCCCUGCUGACAUCACAAGCAGAAUGCUGGGGCUGGUCAUACUUGAACUGUGAUGUCAGGGAACAAAGCUGGGGGAAAUCUUUGAGGAGGGGGGCCAACUUGAUAGGGAGAUCACGAAAACAGCCGCCAAAGGGAAAGGUACGAAGGCGGCCAUCGGAUCCCAAGAGAUGGAGAGGGCUGGGGUGGGGGCACACAGGACCCUCCCAACAGCUGGUGAAGUGGGACCAGGGCAAGACACCUGCACCUGAGUGCCUGGGGGUUCUAUUCUCUCCCAUCCCAGGGCAGCCGAGCCUCUAGCCCUCCCUGACAUGCAGAAGGUUUCACGGCUAUCCCAGAACCACAACCCAGCCCUGCAGCCCCCUGCCCAGCCCUCGAGACCUCCCCAAACCCAGCUCCUGAUGAGUAACAGCAGUCUCCGCACAUUCGAGGACCAAGUCCUCUGUCCCAUUUGCCUGGAGGUGUUCCGCAACCCGGUCACCACCGCCUGCGGGCACAACUUCUGCAUGACCUGCCUCCAAGGUUUCUGGGACCACCAGGCCUCCGUGGGCAAGACCCUCUACUGCCCCCAGUGCCGAGAGAGCUUCCCCUCCAGACCGCGCCUCUGCAAGAAUGGCAUCCUGGAGGAGAUGGUGACCUGCUUCACCCAGGCCAAGGGCCAGACCUUGGGAUCCUCCCGGAUCCUGGCGGGGCCCGGGGACGUGCCCUGCGACUUCUGUUCUCCGCAGAAGCUCAAGUCAGUCAAGUCCUGUCUGCAGUGCAUGGCCUCCCUGUGCGAGAAGCACCUGCUCAGCCACUUUGAGGACCAGGCGUUCUGGGACCACCAGCUGCUGGAGCCCGUGUGGGACCUCCAGAGCCGCGUGUGCCGGAAGCACCGCAAGCUGCGGGCCCUGUACUGCCGCACGGAAGGCUGCUGUGUGUGCGGGGCCUGCCUGCUGGAGGAGCACAAGAACCACGACACGCUCCCCCUGGAGGAGGAGCGGGCCCGCAAGGAGGUGGAGGUUCGGAAGGUCCAGGCCAGUGUGGAAAACCAGAUGCUGAUCAUCAACUCUGACAGCCAGAAGCACCGAGGGCAGGUGGCCUUUCUCUCGAAACUGAUCCAGACAACACGUGAGGAGGUGAACACCUGCUUCUCAGAGAUCAUCCAGGAGGUCAGACAGCUGCAGAUGAAGGUCUUGGAUUUUGUGGAAAAAGAGGAGGCCACCGCUCUGGGGAAGCUAGGCAGCUCCAUCCAGCAGAGCCACAACCGGCUCCUGAAGCUGGAGGGGGACAGCAUCUGGCUCCGCACCCUGCUUGCCAACAGGAGUGACCAGCAGUUUCUGCAGGAGUUCCCCAGGCUGAAGCACUUCCCUGCCUACGUGGAACCCCUGAUGGGAACCAACUGUGAGGAGAAGCAGACCUUCCUCCAGUUGCCAGAGACCCUGGCGGAGCUCCGCAGCCGGCUGAUGGAUGUGGGUCUCAGCUUCAUCAAUCAGCUCCUCCUGAAGGGCAUUAAGAUGAACUCCUAUGAGGUGCUGCCGCCAGCUGUGGACAGAAAAACACUUCUCAAGUGUUACUGCAACCUGAACUUUGACCCCACCACGGCCAGCGAGGAGCUGUUCCUGUUCAAGGAGACGCACUCGGUGCUGAACCUGGGCAUCCUGCUGGAGCCCCUCGCCGCGGGCGGCCCCUUCCCCGGCUUCACGCAGUGGCCGCAGGUGCUGUGCUCGCGCGGCCUGUCCGAGGGCCGCCACUACUGGGAGGCCGACGUGUCCAACUCGUGGGUGUGCCUGGGCCUCACCUACCGCCGCAGCCCCCCGCUCGGCGGCCGCCCGCGCCGCAACGUCGUCCACCUGCUGGGCCGCAACCCCUACUCGUGGUGCCUGGAGUGGGACUCGCUCAGGUUCUCCGUGUGGCACAACAACACGCAGACGGUGCUGCACGGCGGCUACCAGCGCACGCUCGGCGUGGCGCUCGACUGCGGCGCCGGCUGCCUCUCCUUCUACCGCGUGGCGGGCGGCGUGAGCCUGCUCUACCGCUUCCUCGGCCCCUUCCUGGAGCCGCUCUACCCCGCGGUCAUGGUCAGCAGCGGCGCCUCGGUCACGCUCAAGCAGCACCCGGAGGGGGGCGUAGGCCGCGGUCAAUAAAGCUGGACUCGAGCGCUGGCUGGGCCCGCGGGGAGGGGCGCCGGGGG